UCUGGCACACCAUAAUAACUUUGGUAAAUGGCUGUCGCGACAGGCCGGAGAAGUGACGCGAUCGAGGACCAUCAAUACCUCACAGUGUGAGACAGAUUUUUGCUCUCGGAGAGCUCGCAAUAAUACAUAAAAUGUAUAUAAGAUAUACCUAAUUUUGCAUAUUCAUAGAAAAUGCAAAAGUAAGGAGUACGAGAUUUGGUCGUGUCUCAAAACCAUCUACGUUUUUUUGCGAUUCAUUAAAACUAUCAUAUGUCAAACAUAAUUUAUAAAUUGAAAAGAUCAAUAAUUAGUAUUAUCGAAAUUUCUUUUUUGACUCGUCGAGUUCAUGCACUGUUAGUUGUUAUCUCGAUUGAGCGGAAUCGCAAGUUUGUUUUGCUUAGCGGAUUCCUCGCAUGAAGGCAACCCCCCGGACGCGUCUCGUAAAUCCGAAAUCAACGCUGAACACAAAUUCACAGUCGCUCAAUACGUGUUCAACAUGAGCCACGACGUUAUAGUUGAUGCAUUACCCUAUAUUGAUACCGGCUAUGAUGAGCCGGGAGUGAGAGAAGCGGCUAUUGCGAUGGUAGAGGAUGAGAAGAAGAGGUAUCGGCCCACAAAAAAUUAUCUGGAACACCUGCCUCCUCUUAACCUGUCAGCUUUUGAGCCACAAGGGUCCCUCAUGAUGAGUCUCCAAGCAGGCCCUUGGUCCUUCUCUAGCUCCUCACGACAGGUCUUGUCGAGCUGCCCUAGCCAUGACCUCCUAGGUCGUCCCACUGGCCUUCUCCACCCAGUGUUGUCUGGCAGAGGCUCCCAAAGUACUGAAUCUUGGUCUUGGUCCAGGAGAUCUCUAGACCAAAGGCCUAUGCCUCAUUUGCACUGGGUCAAACACCUUGAGGUCGAUGUAGGCUUGUGUAAUAAUUUGUGGGAGAACUAUCCUACUGUGCAAACACCAAAUGUAAUAAUAUGGGGAUGUGUAUCCCUCUUGGAUUGUACUCAAUGUAAUGUUGUAGGAAGUGUUCCUGCUGAAUGGUACUGCUCUGUAGACCUGUUGGAGUCUACAGGAGCUGAGGAGAGUGCAAUUGCUAACUCCCAGUAUAUUGCUAUACUGCAUCCAGCGAUGUGGGUUGGAGCGCUGAUACCAGUGCCCAGAAAUCAUUUUCUGCAAAGUCCCAGAGGAGGAGGCUGUUCUCACUGCAGGGAUCAGCUUCCAACCCAUGGGGGCCAACAGACAUCUCGUAGCCAGCUAGAUCACAGCCGGUAUCAUAUUUUCAGAAAGGAAAUUCAAGAGCUGAACUGGUCAAGAAAGAAUAUGCAGACAAAGGCGGGAGAGGAGUUGCGGCAUCUAGAAAGUAGCUGGGUGUCCCUUGUUUCACGAAAUUAUGAAAUUGAGCAAGCUUGUGUAUUAUUAGAAGCUGAGAUAGUGAAACUUGAACAUGAAAAGGAAACUCAAGAAAAUUAGCUUCUUAAUUUCAAUUGUUCCAGGUUUUCUUAAAUGAUCUUACAACUGAUAUAUUUACAUGCUUUGGUGAUGAUAUUCAAAUAAAAAUAAAAGUAGAAAUAAU